UCAAACGUUUCUCCGCCAAAAAGCCGAAUACUGCCGCCGAUUUGCACCCAGGCACGUCGAUAUGGAGACAAACGUCAGCGACCGUGCAGCUGAAGCCGGUUAUAUAACCACGAAUCGAUCGGAGACACCUGAAAGCUGGAUAUUUAAAUGACCCCUCAGCUGGCCGUGUUUUCUCAGUGGAUCCUGUAGGUGGAAAUCAGCUAGCUAGAUGGACUGAGAAAUCCGAGAGAAGGAAACAACCCCCCUCGGCGUUAUGCAUGACCUCUUCACGAUCGGGUUAACACAUUAUCACCUAAAUAUAGCAAGCUUAGUUAAAUCAGUGUUUGCACACUACAAGUAGCGAAGCGGGCUUUAUUUUUAUUAUGUGGGCACUGGAGUGUAGACGGCGCCAUCCUCACCCUCGGAUAGCCGCAACUUUUCAGACUUUCUUCCUGUUAUCCCGUUAUGGGGGACAUGAAGACCCCGGAUUUUGAUGAUUUAUUGGCGGCAUUUGACAUUCCGGACAUCGAUGCCAAGGAAGCUAUUCAGUCAGCCCCCGAAGAAACAGAGGGCCACCACGUGGGACCUGCGGGAUUGGCGGGGAAGUCAGGUGGAAAUGGAACCGGGGUUGGUGGAAGCGGAGGUUCAUUGAUGAGACCUGGAAGUUCUCCGGACCACCACCAUCACCCACAAGCUCAUCCCUCGCAAGGUGACCCCUCUGUUGUCAGCGUCAUUGUGAAGAACAGAGUUCGCCCAGAGAACUUUGAGGAGGCCGACACAGAUAUUGAUAAAGACGGAGUGGGCGUUGGUACAGAGGUGAUGGGGGGAGUCAGUGGAGGAGUGGUAAUGGGUCCUAGAAUGCCAGGUUUGGUGUCACCGGAACCGCUCCUUCACAAUGGAUUUGAGGCUGCUGCCAGUUCCAUGGAUGCUGCGCUGAAUCAGACCCAGGGCCAGUCGAAUGGAGAACUCUGGGCUCCCUGUUCCCCCAAAGGAGGUAAUGAGAGCAGUGGAAACGGCGUCGAUUUAGGGUCAGCCUUUGGUACCAAACAAAGUGGCAAUCUCUUCAACAGACUGAAACCCCUGGUGGCUCAGGGUCCAGGGGAUCCCAUGGGGAAGGUCCGAAAAAUGCUUCUGCUACAACAGCAGCAGCUUCACCUGCAGCAGCAUGAAAUUGUGACAGAGGGAACAGACAGAUCCAAGGCCGCUGGCUCCUGUGAUGCUGCGGCUUCCCUUGUUCCCGGAGUGUCAGUAGGGAUGCCAUCGUCUUUCUUUCCCCCACCCAUACCUGUGCACCCCAGUUCUUCUGCUCCCAACGUGGGCCCCCAUCUCUCUCACUCCGGCCUGCAUGAAGGCAUGGCCUCUGGGACACGUUCUCCUUCACAGUCCACCGCUCAAUUAUUUAAUGGCCCCCAAAGAAGAGGCUUCCCUCAUUUAGAAUUAGACGAUGUUGAUUCCGAACCAGAUUUGGGAAGUCCGUUGGUAAUUCAAGAGAGUCCGGAUUCCCCAGCAUGCACUCCUGCAAAAUUCCCUCGCUGCCACAAGUCACCUGCUGAGGGGUUCAACACCAAUUCCUCUCAUUCUAAUCCCACUACAUCUACUUAUAUCAAGACUGGAGGUAUUGGUCAAGGGCCAAGUUCACCCCUGCCAUCCACUGGUUCCCAGAGUUGGCUUUCCACACUACCCACAGCCACCAGCGUGAACUCUAAGGAGGAACAGAAGUCGACGAUGCAUGUCAUCGAUGAGCGAGACUCCCCAGAGAGUCCUGAGCCAGAAACGCCUCACUCUGGACUCCCCAAAGACACUGGAACUGGAGUCUCCAGUAGAAGGUCAGCUGUUGCUGCGACCUCUGUCCCGUCGUCCUCUGCCCUCCAGAAAGCUGGCGAGAAGGUGGAGAUAAAUGGCAGUAAGGAAGAAGAGGCGAGGGACAAAAAGGUGAACAUUCUAGAUGGCUCUAAUCCCGUGGAACCUGAUUCAGCUCCGGGAGAGAGAAAGAAAGAUGAGAAGAUGGAUGUGGAUGAUGGAGACAAAUCUUCAACAAUCGUCGUUACUAACACAGCUGUCGCCUCUAAGGGCACAACUGGGACUCCCUCCAGGCCUCUGAAAGUACGUAUCAAGACCGUAAAGACCUCAACAGGGGGAAUCACUAGGACAGUAACUAGGGUCGCCCCCAAAGGAGCGGGUUGUGCGAGCGCCAAGGCUGGUGACUCCAAAGCUCAGCCUGGGGGGCGUAAAGAUGCCAGUAGGCCCAGGAAAGCCAACAUCGCUUCCUCUGUUCGACAGCCUGCUUCCCAGCAGCAGAACAGCAAAGGCACCAUUUUGCCCGUGUCCGUCCUUCAGGAAGCCAGCACCGCCAUGCUGGUGGCCGCCAGCAAAGUCCAGAACAAGAUGGCCGCCACAGCGUCUGAGAAGACAAAAGUCUCCACCACUGCUGUCAGCAUCACAAAGGUCGCCACUCUCCCCUCUGUGUUACCGUCAUCCGCAGCCACCUCCUCUUCUAAAUCCAGUCCAGGAACCAGCGGGAUCAGCAUACGCACCAUGGCGCAGAAAACGGUCAAUGGUGGCACUGCUACCGCCCUGACUGGCCAGAUCUCCAAGCCCGCCUCGAUUGUUAACAGUACGGGCGCUGUAAUUUCACGUAGCCAGUCCAGCCUGGUGGAGGCCUUCAAUAAGAUCCUCAACAGCAAGAAUCUCUUGCCCAGCUAUCGGCCCGAUCUCUCCAUGCCCCUGCCUUCCGAGUGGAGCCUCCCGCUACCCACCAAUGGCUAUCGCUGCCUGGAAUGCGGCGAUGCUUUCGCCUUGGAGCGCAGCCUAGCGCGUCACUACGACCGACGCUCACUGCGGAUUGAGGUCACCUGCAACCACUGCGCCAAGCGGCUGGCCUUCUUCAACAAGUGCAGCCUGCUGUUGCAUGCACGAGAGCAUAAGGAGCGGGGCUUGGUCAUGCAGUGCUCCCACCUAGUCAUGCGGCCUAUCUCUGUGGAGCAGAUGAUUGGCCAACAGGAUACCACACCAGUUGGCAUGCUCUCCUCCCCUCUCUCUUCUCCCUCCCUGGCCCCCGUCCCUACAGCUCUGUCCUCCAUGGCCUCCGGCUCUUCGAAGGAGGAGCCAGCCGGCCAGGCCGCGCCCGCCCGCCCCCGGCGUGCUGCCGACAGCCCCCAGGUCCUGCUGCCCCUCCCCUGCAAGAAGGGCGAGGAGCUGCAGUACCACAACUUCAAGUGUGCCGAGUGCCGGGCCCAGCUGGGGAGCAAAGCCGAGCUGGUGGCCCACUUCCAGGAGGUCAAGGCUGAGUCUGACACUUCCUGCACGCUGUGCUCGCCCCCCAUGAUGCUGCCCAAUGCCUGCAGCGCCGCCGCCCACCAGCGUCUCCACAAGCACCGAGCCCCCCACGUCUGCCCUGAGUGUGGGGGCGUGGCGCGGCCCGCCAGCUUCCAGACGCACCUGGACGAGGCCUGCCUGCACUUCUCCCGUCGCAUCGGUUACAGGUGUUCCAGCUGCCAGGUGGUUUUCGGCGGCCUCAACUCCAUCAAGUCGCACAUCCAGACUGCCCACUGCGAGGUCUUCCACAAAUGCCCCAGCUGCCCCAUGGCUUUCAAAUCAGGCCCCAUGGCCCAGGCUCACAUAAGCACCCAGCAUCCUACGCUGGGCUCCACACCUGCCAAGAUGAUUUACAAGUGCGUGAUGUGUGACACGGUGUUCACCCAGAAGCCUCUGCUCUAUGUCCAUUUCGAUACUCACCUGGCCAAACAGAAGGUGCACGUCUUCAAGUGUCCUGACUGCACCAAACUCUAUGCUCAGAAAGGUUCCAUGAUGGAGCACAUCAAGAUGGCCCACAGGGGGGCGUCGGUGAAACAGGAAGUCCCGGCCUCCACUUCCACACCCGCACCUCGUCCCCCACCUCCCUCGUCCACUCCCAAAUCCAAGUCCUCCACCAAAAUGGAAAGCUCAGAUGGGGAGGACUGGCCCGGCGACCGGGAGGAGCAGGAGGGAGAGGAGGAGGCCGACGGGGAGGGGCAGGACGAGGCCCCCGGCACCCCUGAGGCGGGGCCCCCCGGAGCAGCGACCUCUGAGUGGAGCUGCCGUCAAUGUCAGACGCACUACGCGGAGAGGGAAGCUUAUAUCUCGCACAUGAAGAAGAAGCACGGCAAGUUCAUGAAGAAGUUCCCGUGUCGUAUGUGCGAGCGCUCCUUCUGCUCCGCCCCCAGCCUGCGGCGGCACGUGCGGGUCAACCACGAGGGCAUCAGGAGGGUCUUCUACUGUCCAUAUUGCACUGAAGGCAAGCGGACCUUCAGCAGCCGGCUGAUCCUGGAGAAGCAUGUACGGGUCCAGCACGGCCUGACUCCGCAGGACCAGGACGGCCGGCAGAGUCCUGCUCGGACCCGGGCCAGAGCGCAGUUGGACAGCUCCUCUGAGCAGGAGGGUGGGCUGGGCCAAGAGGAGGCUGCUUCUGGAGAGGAGGAAGGUGAGGUCGGGGCAGGUAGCGGGAGUGAGGAGCCUGGCGAGGGCGCCAGCCCAGCGAAGAGGCCCCGGGGCCCGAGACCUGCCUCGGAGGAGGGCCCAUUCUGCUGUGCCCCCUGCGGCUUCUCCACGGAGGACAGGCAGACGUUCCUGCAGCACAUCCCGCAGCACCGCACUGAUGGCGCCGCCCUGCAGUGCACGCAGUGCGGCGCAUGCUUCGCCUCCGCCGGCUCCUUCAGUCGCCACCGCUUCAUCGCGCACCGCGUGCGGGACCCGGACCCCGCCGGCCGCACCGGCUCCCCCACCAGGGGGCGCUCCGAUUCGGCCGACAUCCCGUCGGCCUCCUCGUCGCCGGACUCCCCUGGGAACCCCCGGGCGGCGGAGGACGGCGAGGACCAGACGGCCUGCAGGGUGUGCAGCCGGCAUUUCGACAAGCUCUCCGAUCUCAACACGCACUUCAGGACGCACGGCAUGGCCUUCAUCGCCUCUCACAAGACGGACAAGCCUGCGUAGGCCUGAGGAGGAAGAGGAGGCAGAGAGAGAAACCUGAGGAGUGCACCUGGGUUAUGGAGAGGUGCAGUGAAGGGAAACAACAGAACACAAAUGAGGCUCGUUUAGUUAGUAUUUCUCUGCUUUGGACGGGAGGGAAAAGCCAGAGCUAAUUGGAGUCAGAGCCUUUGGCUUUUAUGUAACCUGUCAGUUUCCCCUCCGAGUCCUUAAGGAGGUAACGGGAGCUUGAGAAUGGACUUCACCGGCAUUGAAUGGCCCUGAUCUUUGACCCACUGGAAGAAGGACUUGUCCGCCGCAGCUUUGACGGAGCUGCAGGAUGCAGAUUUCAGUGGGGCUGAAGUCGGCCAUCACAGAGCACCAUCACAGAGCACCAUCACAGGCAACAGUGGUGACUCCGUGUUACUGUAGAGACACAUGGUUCUCCUCCGACUCAUUUGUGAACCUGUUUAACUUAAGUUCUCCAGAUCUAGCUUGACCAAGAUCUUAUACAUUUGUUUUAUUCCUUUGAGGAGGUCAUCAGAUUCUGUUAAGUGUUCUUCUGUAACACACCUUUACUCCCCUAAGGGACGUCUUAUUUUCUGUUUUUAUUAUUUUUUAUUUUAAUGAUUAACUUAAUUUUAAUGUGGUAUCGCCACUAGGCCAAGAGGCUAAAUGGCAGACCAAGUUGAUUUCAUCACUACAGAAAGAUAUUUGUGAAAAACAUUUGAAGCAUUAUGUCAUGAACACUCUAGCGCAGGGUUUCCUAACCCGGUCUUCAGGGACCCGUAGACAGUCCAUGUUUUUACUACAGGGAGUUGGGAGGGAGCAAAAAUGUGGAGAACUGUAUUGGGGAACACUGUUCUAGUAAUGUAGUAAUGUUUGUCAUUGGUUGGUUAUUUAAAAAAAAGUCACGUUGUUUUUGUUUUGAAUGAGUAUGUUUGGAUUACUUAUGACAUGGCUGCUGGUGUUGAAGCCGACUGAGAUACAUAGUGAUGUUUUAGUGAGAUUCUCUCCUUCAUAUUACAGGAAAUUACAUCAGCCAGAGACUGACUUUGGCUGUACAUGUCCUGUAAAAUGCUGUGGAUCCAGAUGGUGAGUCAUGUACUGGAUGAGGACACAAUAACAGCUUUUUGUUUUUUGGUACAGAUUAACUCCUGAACAGCACAAAGCGUGUGUUGCGGCAGGUACUUUCUCUCUCACACACACACACACACACACAGGUGUUUUUCUAGGCUUAAUGAGAACUCAAUGUGAAUAAGUAGAUUUGCACUCGGAGUAGGGGAUUUCCACAUCGAAAUUUCUCUCCAUGAACUGUCAGUUCUGGGCCACAGAACUGGCCGUAGGCUGAAAUCCACUCAAGCAGGUGUGUUUGUGUGUGUGUGUGUGGGGUUAAAUUUAGUCAAUUAGUGAACAGUAUAUGACGGGUGGAGAUGACUGUGAAUCACAUUUUAUAACCUUUACAUGAUGUUUUACAUUGUAUAGCUGUCUGUGAGUUAUUUUAGUCUAUAGAGUUGCAAGAUGUAUAUAUUGACCUACAAGACGAAUGUGCUUCAUGUUCUGGAAAACAACCUUUUUUUUUUUUCCCUUUUGCUUUUGCCGAUUUCCUGGCAGGGUGUUAUAUUUUAAAGCUGUAUAGUGUAAUGAAAGUUAUUAAUACCCUGCAUUGGGACACUGACGGUGGUUUGAGGGAUGUUUCAUAACUCUGAAAGGGAAUCUUUUUAAAUAUUAUAUUCAUAUAUUCCUAGCCUUGUCACAGAAAUCAGUGCUAAUUGUAAACUACAUUUCUAUUAUUCCUGUUUUUAAGGUGUGUUGUGUGUGUGUGUGUGUGUGUAUGUAUGUAUGUAUGUGUGUGUGUGUGUGUGUGUGUGUGUGUGUGUACAUGUGGGUUUUUUUUUUAAACCAGAAGUGGCGAUUUUUUUAAUAUAAAACCCUAUAUUGUGCAUAUUUGGGUCCUACCUGUUUGCUCAAUGCCACUUGGCUGUAAUUAUUGGUUUGUGUAGACAUAGGUGUGUUUCUGAAAUAAAAGGCCAUUAUUAAAAAAAAAAAAAAAAAGUUGU